AUGACUAGAGAGGCGGUGGCCUUGAUGAAUAUAAACAGCGACACCAUGAAAACGGCGGAGGAACCGUCGUCUAUUCCUAGAGUUUCGUACUCAAAAAAAGUUCAGCAAGCUACGAACAAACCUGCGGAUGUUCUCGCGCAAGAUUACUGCUCCCUUCACCCGUUCAAGAAAAACGAUCACAUUCACUUUGAUAUCCCUGAUGAACUUUAUAAUCAACAGCUGAAGCGAUUCUCUCUUGCGUUACAUGCUAGGCUUAUUCUGCAAAAAGGAGAAUCCCGCAGGUCCGCGGAGGACAUUAAAACGGAGUUGCAACAGCGAUGGGGGAUCUCGGCUCCGUGGCAAGUCAUCCCUCUCGGCAAGGGUUUUUUCACACUUCGUUUCUCUGGUGAAAACGACCUAGCGAAAGCUAAGUCGAAGGCAUUCUGGAAGUUAAAGGCCGGCAUUCUAAAAAUUAGAGAAUGGGUCCCUUUAUUUAAUCCCUAUAAAGAAACGGCUGCUUUGUCUCAAGUCUGGCUACGAAUUUAUUAUCUGCCACAUGAGCUUUGGCAUCCUGACAUCGUCUCCGGACUUGCUCGUUCUGCGGGAACCCCGAUUAAGAUUGAUGGUUCUACUUUUCUUGGGGCAGUUGGACAUUAUGCUAGGGUCCUCAUUGAAAUGGACGUUACGAAUGACAUUGUCUAUAACUUAACGGUCAAUAGAGGCUCGACUUCCUUUGAAAUUGAGUUUGUUUAUGAAAAUUUACCGUACUUUUGUGGAAUUUGUAGGAAGGUGGGCCACUCUGCUGAUAAAUGUAGGAAGAAUUCGGAAGAAAAGGAAGGGCGGAAAGAUGAGGCGAAAGAGGAUUCUUUUAAUAAAAGAUCUAAUGCUCCGGCAGCUAAGGCCUCUGAGCGGUUUUCUGAUAAACAUCAGAAAGAAGUUUUCCAUGCUAAGCCUACGAAGCAAUUCAAAGCCAAAGAGCAGGUUAUUACUAAAAAUUCUUUUGAGGUCCUGGAUAGGGAGCAGGAGGCGAGUUUGGUUGAGUAG